GAAGUGACGUCGGCCGGAUACGGAAGCGUGUGAGAGAGGCAGCGUGGACGAGGCUCCGGUGAAGUUGUGGCUGUGUAUGUAAGAAGCGGGAGUUGUGCGGUUCGGGUGUCCGUCUACUGAGCUCCCGCGCCGGGUGUUGUUUAAAAUAAUUUAAAAUAUGGCUGGAAUUCUGUUUGAAGAUAUCUUUGAUGUGAAGGAUAUCGAUCCUGAAGGACGAAAGUUUGAUAGAGUUUCAAGGCUACACUGUGAAAGCGAGUCCUUUAAAAUGGAUCUGAUUCUUGAUGUGAAUAUACAAGUUUAUCCUGUGGAUCUGGGUGAUAAAUUCCGUUUGGUAAUUGCCAAUACCCUUUAUGAGGAUGGAACCUUAGAUGAUGGUGAAUACAAUCCUAAUGAUGACCGACCUUCCAGAGCUGACCAGUUUGAAUAUGUUAUGUAUGGAAAAGUUUAUCGGAUAGAAGGAGAUGAAACAUCCACUGAAGCUGCCACUCGUUUAUCUGCAUAUGUAUCAUAUGGUGGUUUGCUAAUGAGAUUACAGGGAGACGCUAAUAACCUGCAUGGAUUUGAAGUCGACUCCCGCAUUUACCUUAUGAUGAAGAAACUUGCCUUCUGAACUGAAAAUAGAGAUGUUACUUUAGUUAUUGUGCUUUCAGAUGAACACUGACAAUCUGGAUUAGGCUCAAUAAGUGGUAGCAACUUCCCUACCAUGUACAUUUUAUGUUCCUAUUUAAUUAAAAUAUAUUUUUUUAAUGUUUGCUACUUUGUGACAAGAAAAUAACAGGAAUAUUUUCCAUCCUGUUUAAUAAAGCUUGACAUUGUGUGUGCAGUCACCUUGAGUUUCAACGGU